UGUUUCAUGUUUCCAUAUUUAUAAAAUAAUUAUUUACAUAAAACUGGUAGUGAUUUUUUUUUACAACUUGCAGCUCGCGGCAUGGAUGUAAAGAAUAUCAAACUUCCAAAAACAGAUCAAUUAUAAAUUUAAAUUAUUAUACUCUUCUACUUAUACUUUUCAGCUCCCUUUGAUUAUACAUUUAGGACAAUUCGAAGGUAUGAUUCAAAUAACUGAGAAGGAAUUGUUAGAAUAUCAUGCAAAUAUAUUCAAUCCAUCCAUCCCAAUAUCGGAAAUAACAGACUAUAUAACGAAUAACAAAAAUAUACUACGAAAUCCAAAUAAUUCAGAACCACAAUUCAAACCCAAUUUAUCUAAUCUAACAGUAGAUCCAGAAACACUUGAUGAAUACUUCAAUUCAAAUCGAAAUGAAAUCCUUAAGAAUGAAGAAGUUCAAAGUUUUAUAGAAUCACAACGAAUUCACAAGGCUGAUUUCUUAGCUGAAAUUAAACAUAAAGGUUUAUCACUUAAACAUAAUCCUCCUCAACAAGGUCAAAAAUCAGAAUCUACUAGGAAAGUACUUAAUUAUUAGGUAUAUUGGUAAUAUUAUAGAGCAAUCAAAUGCAUAUUUAUUUAUUUACUUAUUU